AUGCUGGUAACCUGGUUACCACCAGCAGCAUCGGUGAACAGCAGCACCAACAGCAGCAGCAGCAGCAGCAGCAGCAGUGGCGAUGCAGUGGCGAUAAGCAACGUGUCGUUCCGGAACAUCUACGGCACGAGCAACCACACGCACGGGAUCUACGUGCGCUGCAGCGCCACCGUGCCAUGUGUCGGCGUCUCAUUCGCCGACAUCAACAUCACCCCCAGCAGGAGCUUGCUAAAGGCCCGGGCGGCAGAAACACAGCUACAGACGCCGCUACAGCCGGAGGCACAGCAACAGCCGGAGAGGCAGCUACAGCCGGUUAUGGAAAAUGUACUGGUGACGCCUGGAAGCAGCAUCAAGUCCCCCUUGGGAAUACCGGAGCUGAAAAAGGAGGUUACGGCGGAGGAGGAGGAGAGGAUACGCGCGAUGAUGAGCGCGUGUGAGUACCGGUUCCGCGUGGUUGAUUUGGAUGCUAUCCUGGCUCCCUUUCGCCAGGCUGGCGCGAAAAUCCAAUCGCAAGAUGACACGUCAGCAGGGGGAGGUGAGGGAGAGAGGGGGGUUGGGGAGGAAGGGGAGGAGGAGGGGACUGGGCUGACUGCGGUGGAGAGCGGUAAGGACGGUGAGAGUGACGGAAGUGAGAGUAGUGAUUAUGGGGAGAGUGAUAGUGGAGAGAGUGAUACUGGGAAGGCAGGGGAGGCGGAUGAUGUGCCUCCGUUGCAAGCUGAAGAGGCUACAGAGGGUAACGAAGGGGGAGGGGAUGGGGGAGAGAUUGGGGAGAGGAAUGGGGGAGAGAGUGGGGAGAGUAAAGGGGAAGAGAGUGGGGAGAAUGGAGGAGAGGGUGGAGAGAGUGGAGGAGGAGAGAGUGGAGGAGGAGAGGGUGGAAAUGAUGGGGAAAAAGAGAAUGGGGGCGAGAGUGGUGAGAGCAGACAGGGUGACGGAAAAGAGGUUGGGGGGGGGGAGGGUGAAGCAUUGAGCAAGCAGGCGGAGGAGAAGAAGAGGAGGGAGGAGACACUGAAGAGAGUGAGGGAGACGAAGAGCAAGAGGGAGGCACUGCGGCAGAAGUGGAGGGAGGCGAGGAGGAAGCGAGGCGGAGGGGUGGCCAAGCCAACCCAGGUGGAUGGAGAAGGGGCUAAGGUAGCUGAAGGGAGUGGCGGAGGGAGUGAGGGAGGGAGUGGCGGAGGGAGUGAGGGAGGAGGGGAGGAAGGGGGGGGGCAGAGCAGCAGCGGAGGCGAGUCAAGUGGCGCUAACACCCCCAGUGGUGGGGGUGAUGAUGGUGGCGCUAGCACCCCCAGUGGCGGUGGGAAUGACAGUGGCUCCUCCCUAGAGCACAGUGGUACAGGUGGGUCGAGUGAUGGAGGAAAGGACGAUGGUAGCACCAGUGCUGGUGGUGGUGGUGGUGGUGGUGGUGGUGAUGGUGGUGGUGGUGGUGGUGGUGGUGAUGGUGGUGGUGAUGGUGAUGGUGCUGCUGGUGGUGGUGAUGGUGAUGGUGCUGCUGGUGGUGGUGGUGCUGCUGGUGGUUCUGAUAAUGGGUCAGGAUCAGCAGGAGGAGAGCAAGGGGGGGGCAACAGUGUGGAUGGUGAGGAGGGAGGAGAGGAGGGGGGAGGGGCGGAUGGUGGAGGCGAAGAGGCAGGGGACCAAGGGAGUGAUGGCAGUUCCGAAAACAGCAGUGGUGAUGGUGGUAGUGGUGGUGAUGGUGGUAGUGGUGGUGAUGGUGGUAGUGGUGGUGAUGGUGGUGUUGGUGGUGAUGGUGGUAGUGGUGGUGAUGGUGGUGGUGGUAGUGGUGGUGAUAGUAACGGUGAUGACAAUGGGGGGGGAGAGGAGAAUACGAGUGGGGGCGGAGGUGGUGAGGAGGAGACAGGCAGUGGGGGAGAUGAUGGUGCAGGAGGAGCAGGAGGAGGAGGAGGAGGAGGAGGAGGGGGAGGAGGAGGACGCGGAGGAGGAGGGGGGGGAGGAGGAGCAGGAGGAGCAGGAGGAGGAGGGGGAGGAGGGGGGGAGGAGGGGGGAGGAGGAGGAGGGGAGGAGGAGGGGGAGGAGGAGGGGGAGGAGGAGGGGGAGGAGGAGGGAGGAGGAGGGGGAGGAGGUGGGGAGGAGACUGGGGUGAAACCCCCCAGCGGACUACACCGCGGAUGA